CCAACCAACCGCCGCUAAAGAAGUUUCACUUCAAAAAUAAACCAUUUAAGAUUUUGAAGGCGUUCGACACGUAUCAAAAAGCAUUUGAAAACCUAGGCAAGGAUAAUGUUGAUACUUCAACGGUGUUUCCAGUUUUGGUACAAUGUGUUUGCCGGAUGUAUGGUUUAAAAAAUGCCGAUACGGUUAAUGAAGCUCGCUUGGAACUUUUCAAUGAAGCUUAUAAAGCAAAAGACACUCAAGACAUGUUUAGAAAAAAUAUUUGCUAUUGUGACGCAUCAGCAGAAGUUCAACAGCAGUUAUUGCGAAGCUCAUACAUUACCAGUAUAUGGCUGAACGCAAACUUACAGCAGCCAACUAACAAAUCACCAAAGCAGUAUGGCUGGUCUCUUAAUAACAAAAAGUAUGAAUUUGUCUGGUUUAAUGGAGAUAAGUCACCAGAAUUAGUCGCAGAUGUACUUGAAAACACCGAGGAUCAGGAACAGAGAAUCAGACAUGGAUUCACGAGCAUCUAGUGAUUUAGAUUCAGCAGAGGAUGAUGCAGAAAAUUCCUAUCGGGUCGAAGACGAAGAAGAUGUAUAGAUUACACUACUCAUCAAAUUUUCAAAUUUCGAUUUUUA